AUACCUACAUUAUAGUUUAAAUUUAUUGUUUUAGAAUAAGUGAAAAUAUCUUCAGCAUGCUCUGAACUAUUAAAAUUGCUUUGCAAACCAUUCAAAUUAUAUUUUUGUACAAUUCUCUGGAGCACAACUCGCCAACGUAUAAACGAAAAUUGUUCGCAUGCCGGUUCCGAUGCUUUGAACUAAUGGUUCCAUGACUGUUCAAACGGUUCUCAAACGGAACAGUUGAGCCUGUUGUUGGUGUUGUUGUGUUCCGAAGAUUUAUUCUAAUAAAUUUCAUAAAAGAAAUCGAGCAAUUUGUGUAAAAUUGCGACGCAAUAUAAAGAAUAAAUACAUAAAAACUGGGAAAUUUAAGCAAAAGUCAAGUGCAAUCAGCAGAAGCAGCAGCAGCAGUAACGACGCCAGCAGCGACGGCAGCAGCAGCAGCGGAGCAAGUCUGGUCACACAGCGACUCCCAAAACCGCCAAGCAGCCGCAGCUCCCGCGACUGGCCACAAGAGAAACAUCGACAACGCCUGCUAAGUGCGCAUUGAAUUUCAAUUCGAAUCCCAAUAAGAAUCACAAAAGAAAAGCUGACGAAAAAGCAGAUAAAGCAAAGUGUGCGCACAUUAAAAAGACAAGAAAGGCAAGGCAGCAAUCUUAACCAAUAAGCAAACACAUACAACACACAAAAUGGAGCUGCGUGUUGGGAACAAAUAUCGACUGGGCCGCAAGAUUGGCUCCGGUUCCUUUGGCGACAUCUAUUUGGGCACAACGAUCAACACGGGCGAGGAGGUAGCAAUAAAACUGGAAUGCAUACGCACCAAACAUCCACAACUGCACAUCGAGUCCAAGUUCUACAAGACAAUGCAGGGCGGCAUCGGUAUACCCAAUAUCAUUUGGUGCGGCAGUGAAGGUGAUUACAAUGUAAUGGUCAUGGAGCUGCUUGGUCCAUCGCUGGAGGAUUUAUUCAACUUUUGCUCACGCCGCUUUUCACUGAAAACGGUGCUGCUGCUAGCCGAUCAGAUGAUAUCACGCAUUGACUAUAUCCACUCGCGUGAUUUCAUCCAUCGUGACAUCAAGCCCGACAACUUCCUGAUGGGUCUGGGCAAAAAGGGCAAUCUCGUGUACAUAAUUGACUUUGGUCUGGCCAAAAGGUUUCGGGACGGCCGCACUCUGAAGCACAUACAAUAUAAGGAGAACAAGAAUCUGACGGGCACCGCACGCUAUGCUUCGAUCAAUACACAUCUGGGCAUUGAGCAGUCGCGACGCGACGAUUUGGAAUCCCUUGGCUAUGUGCUGAUGUACUUCAAUUUGGGAGCGUUGCCAUGGCAGGGCCUGAAGGCGGCCAAUAAGCGACAGAAAUACGAACGCAUAUCCGAGAAGAAGCUAUCAACAUCGAUUGUGGUGCUUUGCAAGGGCUUCCCCAGCGAGUUUGUCAAUUAUCUGAACUUCUGUCGACAGAUGCACUUUGACCAGCGUCCCGACUACUGCCACUUGCGUAAACUGUUCCGCAAUCUGUUUCAUCGCCUGGGCUUCACCUAUGACUACGUCUUCGACUGGAAUUUGCUCAAAUUUGGCGGACCCCGCAAUCCACAGGUCAUCCAGCAGGCACAGGACGGCACCGAUGGCCAGGGCGGCGGCGGCGGACAAGGUCAAGAUGUCGCAGCCUCUCCAGCAGCAUUGGCUGCGGCGUCGCAUCAACAGCACAAGGUCAAUACGGCCAUGGCCACCGCCGGCGGCAGCACACAACAAAUGCUGGGCAAUAGCUCGGCGGCUGGCACAACGCUCGCCAUGCUAGGCGGUGGUGGCGGUGGAAACGGCGGAGCCGGUGGCCAGCUAAUGGGCAACGGUGGUCUCAAUAUGGAUGACUCGAUGGCGGCCACCAAUUCGUCGCGACAGCCCUACGAUACGCCCGAGCGGCGUCCCUCGAUACGCAUGCGUCAAGGCGGCGAUUUACAAGCUGGCAGAGUUGUUGGGGAUUUGAUAAUCAAUUGCGAGUCGGCGGCAAAGAAGAAUACCUAUGCACUACAUUUAUUUAAAGCCACAGCUCGUACCGCAAGUUAUUGUAAUGCGUUAAUUUUAAGCAGAGAUGAUGAUCAUGAACGACCGAUGACAGACGACAGUUCCAAGAGGAAAGGAGUGCGACGCUUGUGUUGCAUCCCCAAGAUAUUGGGAUGCAAAAAAGUUCAAAAAGAGCACUAAAUAUACACGAUCAGCAAAUGAUUUAACACUCCAAACAAGCGUUAUGUUCGAUUUUUUUCUCUCUGGUUCUGUGAGUUUUGCAUUUACACUGCUGAACAAGAAGAACGACAUCAUUAUUGUAAACAAGAGAGCAACAAGAAUAUAUAAACAAAUUACAUCAAUUUUGAUAACAAGCAUUUUGUUAAAUUAACUUUGUGUUUUGUGCAAACAAACAAAGAAUAGAAAGCAACAACAUCAACAACAAAAAUGAAAACAAGAAUAAAUGAGGAUGAGAAACGUAUCAACCAACUCAACUGAACAAAGGGCAAAUUUAUAUUAAAUGAAGGGAAAUAUUUAAAUAUUAUAUUUAAAUAAUCUGAUUGUAAAGUAAACAAAAUGACACAUUGUGCGCCAGUGUCUCUUAACUUUUAGUGUAGAAACUUAGCAUUAAUACAAAUUACCGAGUAGUCUAUAAAAAAAAAAACCGACAUUAAUGAGUUUUUUCGCCACCAACAAAUGAAUGAGAGAAACUCCCAGCAAACAUCCUCACACACACAUAUACACACGCACACCCUCAACUAUGCCCAACAACAAACAAUACACACACAUGUAUGUUUAAGUGGAACGAGGCGAGAAAAUAAUAUUUGAAAUGGGCGCAGAAAAUGUCAACUUGCUCUCGCCCUCCUCCUUCUCCCACUCUACCCCUUCAACUUAGCUUUAAUCAAAUGUCAAACAAUAAAAAGAAUUAUUCUUAAUUUAUAAUUUUGAUUCAUUUAUAUUACAAUCGCGAUUAGCGACUUUGACGAUAAUGUACGUAUGUGUUCAUUAUGUUUUGCAUUCUCUGUUUCUCUAUAAUAAAAUCGAAAUCGAUAAGGAAAAUAUAACAAUGUAAUGUAACUAAUAACAUACUGCAUAUAACAAAAUCAGUGCAUAACACAUCUUCAACACACUACAUAACAAAUGUACUUUGCAUUAAACAUUAUAUAUAUUUUCAAUUAGUUUGUAAAGUUGUUAAGGGGCGUGAGCUGCGAGCGCGCAUUAAAAUUAACGCUAGCUAAUAAAUUGUAGCUAUAAUAUGAAAUUUGUUUAUAAGUAAUACCAAACCGUAAAAAAUAAAACUACAAAACAAAAAACCAACAAAAAAAAA